AUGUCUCAGCCAACCUGCCCGCAGGUUGUGGCACACAGACAGAUACAGAUACGCAACAUUAAUAUUCCCCGCGUGUUCCUUAAACUUAGUAAACAGCUUUUAACAAUCGCUAGAACGUUUCCAACAGACUUUGGUUUAGUCUCUGCACUGCGCGGCGAUUGUGGACUUGCUUGUGGGACAACAAAGAACCACAAUCCCUCAAAACUAUCAUACUGCCCCCUAAUAUGA